UACGGGGGGAAGUCUGGGCUGGUUGUUCUAAUUUCAACAUGGAGGACUAUGAAAGUGUUCUGUGUGUUAAGAAUGAAUGUUUUAUUUACAAAAUUCCUCCGAGAACAAGCAACCGAGGAUACAGAGCUGCAGACUGGAAACUUGAUCAGCCAGAUUGGACUGGAAGGUUAAGAGUCUGUGCAAAGGGAAAGGAGUGUUACAUCAAGAUUGAGGACAAGACAAGUGGUGAACUCUUUGCUAAGUGUCCUGUAGAUGAUUACCCAGGGAUUGCAGUGGAAGGUGUUCUUGAUAGUAGUCGUUACUUUGUCUUGAAAAUUGUGGAUGAUGGUGGUCGACAUGCUUUUAUUGGAAUGGGUUUCACAGACAGAGGAGAUAGCUUUGAUUUUAAUGUAGCAUUGCAAGAUCACUUCAAAUGGUUGAAACAGAGUGAAAAACUUGCUGCAGAAGCUGAACAACCUGAUCUUACUCCAAAAUUAGACUUGGGCUUCAAAGAAGGUCAAACAAUUCACAUUAAUCUUGGGAAUCGUGCACCUGGUGCAAGUGCAACAAGUCGUCCUAAGCCAGCAGGAGGUGGAUUUGGUGUCAUCCCCCCUCCCCCUGGGGGUUUAGCUCCCAAGCUAGCACCACCCCCAGGGGCAGGGGCAUCACCUGCAUCUGGGAGGAGACCAAGUCCUAAUUUUCAACCUCAGGCUCCCUUCCCUGACAUGGGAAGUUUUGGUUCCAUGUCAACAGUUCCACAACAAAGUCAACAACAGAGUACAACAUCUGAUUGGGGAGAUUUUACUUCUGCAUCAGGGAGUUCUGAUUCUAGCUGGGUACAGUUCUAGAGAUAUUUCAUAUCAAUAGUCAAAGAGGAAAGUAUUUUAAUGAGACAUUUUGCUCUGUCUACUUGUGUGCUUUCAAAUUUACACAAAUGUAACAUAAUGUAAUGAUUUCAGAAUGUAAAUUGUUAGAAUUAGUUACAGUAUUGUCAUGAAUGUGUUAGCAAAGAAGUGAAGCUUUAGACAAGGUGAUGUAGAAUUUAGUGUACAAGUAAACCGUUUACCAAACAUUGUUACAUAAUCUUGUCAGCGAUAAAAAAGUGGAGGAUUAUUAUUUACCUAGAAAUUCAAUCUUAGAAUGAAAUUCUGACAUCAUGGCAAGUUUCAAGAUGGGUUUGCAAUGUUACCAAUUUUUCCUGUUACUGACAAGGUCGUGUGAGCAAGUUUUUCAAAAUGAAAUGAUUGGUGAGAGGGCUGUUCAACUGAGUGUCCUUGAACUUAUUACAUCAGCCAAUCAGAACAGCGGACAAUAUCCCAAAAAGCCAGUGAAAACUGAAAGGAGGUAACUGUUCCAAGCGCGGGAAAACGCGGACCACCAGGUCGCGAUUGGUUUUAAUUUUCUUUUUGAUUGGUUGAGAGGCUAGGCUAAGUUUUUUAGAAUAAUCCCUGGGUGCAAUAAGAGGAAACCUAAUUGCGGGAAUUCUUUCGACACUCAAUUGGACAUUGGCUGAUGUAGACCAAAUAUUUCUCCGUCUUAUGGGCAUUAUGGCACAUAAGACAAAGAGGUGACAUCGUAACGUGAAAAGUGAAAGAGUAGCCUUUUAAUAUGUCAGUCGUAAAAAAAAAAAAGAAAACAAUCUUAUAUUUGUUUUGCUUAAAUAUUUCCCUCUUGUUUUGUGGGUUUGUUACACGUUACGUAUAGUUAACGACCCGUCUAGCAAGGGUGGGGAAGGGGGUGAAAUACUAGACAAUAAUGCGUAAACAGAACCGUCUCCAAAAUGCAAAGGAACUAGACCCCCCCCCCCUUCAAGAUAAAGGUAUUUUUUCCCACUCUUAAAACACUAAAAACGCGUCAAGGUCGCUUUUUUAACUGAGGUGACACAAAAGAAGUUUCUCCUUACACUAUCAAUACACUUUCCAACGGAAUGAGAGGCGAUAUUGUUUGAAUAACACCAAAUUCCUCUACUUAAAAGUAUAAGAGAUGUAUGGGAGACAGUGCGGAGAAUUGACAAUUAGAUCUGGGGAGUGAAAUAGUUAAGCAAAACAACCAAACUAUAAGCGACACAGAGUCGUUGUUUUAAUAAAAAUUUAUUUUUUCGCCAUUAUGUUUCAUAAUUACCGAGGCUCUCCAUGAAAUUUCAAGCAAAACCUGUUCUUUUCUCGGUCGUGCCAAAUUCGCCUUAAACAGGUUUUGGAAGUAAUUAUUACUAAACGUACGCAGUUUUUCCGCUUUCUUAUACUUUCGUCGAUCAUUUUUAGAUGGUAUACAUUCUUUGAAAUGAAAUGUUCUAUGAGCUGUGAGUUCAACUUUUUUCGGAAUAACUGAUUUCAAAGUCUUGUAUUUUAUUUCAUGGUAUAUAUUGUUAUUGUAGUUGGCUGCGAUGGCCAUCUUCUCGAAUCGUUUGCGAAGGAAAAUAGUUUGUUGACCUUGAUGUUGUUUACUUAAGUAGAGCUUCAGACAUUUUAUUUUCCUGACUGUAGACAUUUGCAUUAGAACAUGGCUAUUGUAUUAAGGA